AUGGUUAGUGCCGUUUUUCACAAGCAGUUGGAUUUUGAUGCAAUAUUUAGUUAUUCUGAAUGUAAUUCUUCAAUUAUUCAAAUGCAUAAACGCCAUAAUUCUUCAACUUUCAGCAUUUCCUUCAACAAUUCCGCUUCAAGAGUUCGCUAUGUUAAUAAGGAUAUUGUUUGUGUAAAUCAUGCGACCAUGCAAUUAUGUGACAUUUGUGACCAGGUAGCGGAUUUAUAUGCGAUCCCAGUGCUGCUAAUCCUUAUUUAUUUUAUUACAACAACAACAACAUUUAAUGUAGCCGGGUUUGGCGAUGACUUACUGGGCUAUAGGCGCAUAGUUUUCGUUAGUAGCCUUCGAUUUGGUGAUCUUCACUUUUCACAUCAUCAAGAUUACACGAGAAUAUUGCAAUACUAA